UGCCCUUACAGCAGAAGGCAACUUGAGCAAAGAUGGCGACGCUCGACCUAGACUGGGAAGAUGUGAGAGACCAGCUUCGGUUAUGGCGAGAAGAUAACACACGUCACAGUGAAGAGGUGAUAGACAUGUGGACUUACUGCCUCAAGCAUUAUAAACACAAACUUGGAGAUGAACGAUGGAUGGUGGAAGAACAAGUAGUCAUUGCUGGUUUGGAUUGCUUCCGCUUGGAUGUUGCCGAACCCUGCCUUAUCUCAAUUAAUGAGCAGUUCCCAGGAUCCUUGAGGGUGCGGAAACUAAAAGCCAUGCGAUUAGAAGCCCUUGAAAGGUUUGAUGAAGCAAUUGACAUCUAUGACAGCAUCAUCCGCCAAGAUGAAACAAAUUCAACUGCAAGAAAACGGAAGGUGGCUGUUUUACGAGGACAGGGGAAGAUUCCAGAAGCCAUCAGAGAAUUGACCGAGUAUCUUAAGAAGUUCAUGUCAGAUGGAGAAGCUUGGCAAGAGUUGUGUGACCUCUAUCUGAAAGAAGGAGACUACAGCAAAGCAGCUUUCUGUAUGGAAGAGCUGAUACUGACCAACCCACACAAUCACCUCUUUUACACCAGAUAUGCAGAGAUCAAAUAUACACAGGGUGGACUUGAGAACAUGGAGAUGGCUCGUAGCUACUUCAGUCAAGCUGUGAAACUAAAUCCCAAUAAUAUGCGAGCAUUGUAUGGACUCUUUUUAAGUUGCACUCAUGUUGCAUCAUCAUCGAAGAGUACAGUGCCGAAGAAGAAAGAAACCCAGCGUUUAGCAGCAUGGGCACUUAAGGAAAUUGAAGAAAGGUACUCAAAAUGCAGAACAAACACCAUGGAAGGUACAAACAUUUUUGAGACCUUUGGUUCACUGAGCUUAACUGAUAAAGCAUGAUAAACAUAAUAUGCAGAAUCAUAUAUUCAUCAUUUGUUCUUUUGUAUUGUAAUAAAUUUUGAGAUGAGAUAUAAUGUUGUAUGUUGCCAUAUUGUCCCAUUUUAUACUCCCACAUUACAAGAGAAGGUUUACAUGCUGAAGUUUGUUCCUCUAUAUUUGGACAUGAGUGUGAAGGUCACAGUUGAAGCAUUCCUUUGUAUAAGAGAACACUGUAUGUAUUGAUUUAGACUAUUUGGUACUAGCUUCACUUUUCUCCCAGGUGCCUUUGUUUGAAACAAAGGGGUGGUAGAGGUAGGCCAGAUAUUGUUUUUUAUCAACAGUUCAUUUUUCCCUGUUAACUCUUCAUUUUUAAUUCAUUUCUUUUUUGGAGGCUAAUGAUAUUAUUCUGAUCUAGGGGAAAGUUAUUUCAGUUUGCUGGAAGCAUGAAACCAUUUAAAGCUCAAUAAGAGAAGAAUCAUCUUGUUUGAGCUGAUUGUUACAUAGUGCAAUGUAUAAUUAAUUACUUGGAAAGUGUAUUUCUAAGUUGAGUGACCCCAUUUUGUGAUUCUUGUGUCGUUUGUGAAAGGACAAGAAUAUAGGAAUUCUGUCCAGAAGAAUCAUUCCACAGGCACAAAGAGUGUGUUGGGUAUUAUUCAGAUAUUACAGGCAUUUUAAAGAACUGUAGGGUAGGUUUUUGACUCCAGCAAACUAAUGGAAUCCCUGUGCAUUAUUUUUGUUCUUAAGAAUGGACAGUGUAAUAUAUUUGUAAGACAAAACUGUAAUAUAUUUGAACUAUAAUUGACCAUUUGUAACAAUGUUAUGUACAGUCAUCAUGAAAUACAUUCAUAACAAGUUAUUGA